AUAAACUUUGUUCGUGGUUAUAUUGUUUCUAAAGGCCGAUACUUCUCCAGUGUACGAGCGUGCGCGCUCCUAUCGUGACGUGUUUCAUUAACUGCUGCUACUGUUAUUGUACGGUGACAAACGAUUAAUCCUUGAGAAUUGACAGCCGGAUCAAAAAUAGACCUCAACAUGGAUAACAAGAAUUCACAAGACGUACAAAAGAAAGUGGAGCAACUAAGGGAUUGGAUAAACCAACAGCCACAUUUGCCCAAGGAUUUAGAGGACAGGAUCUUAGUAAGGUUUCUUCACAGCUGCUACUAUGACGUGGAGAAGACGAAGCAAACCAUAGAGCUGUUCUUCAAGAUCAGAGACAAUUCACCAGAGCUCGUUAACUACAGGGAUCCUCUGUCACCUGCAAUGCAGAAGGUUUUAAAAAUCGUAAAAUUGGCACAAUACCAGAUCUCAGGCAACCGGAACAUCUGGUUCUGGCAACUGAACGACCCUGGUCUAGAGCAGUAUGACUACCUUCAGGACGCUAGAAUGUUCUUCAUGACCUGUGACGCCUGGAUGCUGGCGAACGAUGUGUUAGCUGAUGCUGAUAUAGUGGUGAUGGAUGCUAAGGAUAUCACGCUCAAGUUUAUUACGAAGUUCAAUGUUUCUGUGGCGAGGAAGCUCUCUAAAUAUCAGGAGGACGCCAUGCCGAUCCGAUUAAAGGAGGUUCACGUCAUCAACGCACCACCUUUCGUCGACAAACUCUUUGGUCUCAUGAAACCGUUCCUCAAGCAAGAAGUCACUGAUAUGAUUCACUUCCACUUGCCGAAAUCGGAGACUUUAUACAACUACAUCAAUAAGGAGGAUUUGCCGCAAGACUACGGCGGCUCCCAAGCCACUAUGGAUGAAAUGAACAAACGUGUCAUAGAUAUCGUUAUGGAACAAAGGCCAGUAUUCUUGGACGAAAACUUCUGGAAAACAGAAAAGAAGGGAAAGAAAACCAAAGAAGCCACCUUCAGGUCUCUUGACAUAGACUAAAUGUACAGACAUGACAAUAUUAUAAUGUUCAAAACUAGACAUGCAUGUCUGUAUGUGAUAAGAUUUUAAUUUUUAAACUAUUUUGGUGAUAUUUUCUGGCUUUGCCACCGUUCACUAAUUAUCCAUAUUUGCAAUAUUUUCUUGUCUAUAAAAAUAGCCAACCUUGGUGGUACAAUAUAAAAUUAGCACUCUCUCUCUACCCCUACCAAGGGAAAGAGAUAACACCAUAUUUAGGUGUAGGUAAUUAGCAAUGAAUCAAUUUACUACGGAUUUCAAUAACCGAUUGAAUUUUUGAUGGAUCGAUUAUUGUAAUCCGCAGUUAGUGAGCGUUGGCAUAAGCUAGUGAUAGUUUCAUGUUUUUAAGAUAAGUUUUGUAUAUUUUUGUUGAACAAUAUAAGAAUUUGUACGACGGGUACAGUUAGCGACAAAAUAAAGUGACCACUUUUAUUUUGUGCUGAUUUAGGGUAAGAAAAUUAAGAAUUUAAUUUGCACAUUUUUUUGUAUCUAAGUAUAUAAAAAGCUGGCUGUGUUAUGUCCGUGCCUUAUUGUCGUUUUGUUUGUAUAAUAUGAGAAUUUAGUGAAAUUAACGCAAUAUUAAUUGAAUCCGUUGAGUAUCGUGCGGGUGUCCGGUUACCAGAAAUUGGUUAUACCUAUGCCCGGUAACUUAUGACUUUUAUUCUUUGAAGUUUAUUUAAUUGUGAAGCAGAAUUCAUUAUUGGGCUUAUUUUCAUAAAAUCGAUCGCUAUUUAAUUUGUUCAACGGGUUAGAGUUAUUCAUUUGACAAACUGCCUCGCAAUUUGCCAGAAUCUUGCAAUUUAAUGAAUAAAUCGUGUUUUUACUUUAUAUCGUUGUUAAUACAAUUAUGUAAUUUGGAUGUUUUUUUUUGCACAAAUCAACAUGACUUUACAUAUUGUAAAUUUUGUAUUGAGUGUCAAAUAAAUAAGUAGUAUACAUAUUUUGUAGUAUUUACUUUAUAAUAAAAUUACGUUUGAAAUCAUAAUGUAAUAUGACGUACCUAUAGAUACGUCUGAGUAAGGAAAUAUAAUAUUCAAAGUUCAUGUGGAAUGGAAAAAAAAAAAUAUUUUAAUAAAGAGCCAGUCCAUGUUAAGGUACCUAUUUCUAAAAGAUAAAAGUAGGUAGGUAUUACAGGAGAUUUUUAUAGGGUUCAUGUUAUUUUGAAUUAUUUUAGUAAAAUAUAAAGAUACUAAUUACUUAGUAGGUGUUAUGUAUUAGUAAUAAUAUUUUAUAGAGUUGAAUUUCAAACUUGUUGAGAAUUGAUUUCUUAUGAAUAUUAUAAUGUUAAAACUAUGUUAAAAACAUUCCAUAUGUGAAGUGGGUAAAGGAAUAUUUUGUACAAAUAAAUAUUUUUGUUUAUAAAA